AUGACGGAUGAUCUCCUCUCAAGUUGCGACUCGCGCAACGAUAACGCUCGGUGUCAUACCUCUAUCCUCGAUGCUCGGCAAAGGAUUGACCAAGAAAUCGACACGUUGCUUGAACAAGUGCGCUCCCUUCGAGAACGUCGCAACCGACUAGCUCCAAUAUCCGUGCUUCCCGCAGAAAUUCUAUCUUUGAUCUUUCUCUACUGCACUCCUUACCUCCAUACCGACCGCCAGUUUCCGAAGACAAGAUCGAAGGAGUCAACGCUCCGCACUACUACGCGGAUUCUGCGGUCGAACCGAACGUUGCGAUUACCUGAGGCGGACGUAACGGCGGUUCUAGCACACCUGCCGCGCACGAAGAUGCUUCAUCUACACGCUUUACCAUCAACCUUCUUCCUGAAUGCGCAGUAUCUCUCUCGCAGAGCCCCACUCCUUGUCGAUUGUUCACUUUCAGCAUCAGGAGACUUGGUAGGCCUGCUUCCGGAGACCUUCUUGGGUCGUUUCGCCCCACACUUGCAGCGGCUUGCGAUCAACAACGUAGCACUGGAAUGGGAAACGUUGUGCUCUCCCUCGGUUGUUCAAAGCUUGACCAGCCUUGAGAUCCGUAUGCCCGGCGACAUCUUACCAAACGGGAGAUGUUUGGUUGAUGCGCUGGCGUUGAUGCCUUUGCUGCAAAUCCUCAAAAUCGCAGAC